AUGACGUUUACUUUUCAGGUUAUCAAUGAAAUUAUUAGGGCGGGAAAUACUGCCCCUGGCUUAUUGCGUAGAGCACUGGCAGAUAUCCCAUUAAAAGGAUUUACAAUUCCAGCUGGGAAAGCCAUCCUCUCAACUCAGGAAUGCCCUCAGCACAACCGCCUUAGCAUUGAAGUUUUCUCGGCCGACUUCCCUUUCGGAGCCGAGACAACGUCUUCUUCUCCAGUCUGCCGGCGUUUCCAGCUCGCCGACGAAGUUUCCAGCUCGCCGUCGCGUUGUCUUCCCCGUCACGCUUCUACCGGUCGCGUCGACAUCGUCCUCCCCGUCGCAGCAUCCCUCUUCGACCGGUCAUGUCUCUCUUUGACUUAUGUAGUAGACUUUGUGAUCCUCUGCGUCGGACGAUUCAGCGAUGUUCCAAAUAUUCCUGAAUACCCUCCCAAUAAGGGACCAGAAUCAUUUCAUGGAAAAGUCAUCCACUCGAUGGAAUAUGCCAAUAUGGAUGAUGAGAGUGCUGCUAAAUUCGUAACAGGAAAGCAAGUAAUAGUUGUCGGGUCUAUGAAAUAUGGAAUGGACAUUGCGAUGGAAUGUUCAAAUGCUAAUGGGAUAGAAAACCCAUGCACAUUAUUGUACAGAACAGUACACUGGACGUUUCCGGAUUACCGUCCAUGGGGUGUGUCUCUUGCAUUACUCUACUUCACUCGCUUCUCUGAACUCUUAGUUCAUAAACCAGGAGAAGGCUUCCUGCUCAGUCUGCUUGCAACGUUCCUUUCUCUUCUGAGAUGGGCCUUUUCAAAAUUUGUGGAAACAUAUAUAAACCAGAAGCUAGGAUUAUAUAAGUAUGGGAUGGUCCCAAAGCACAGUUUCCUUCAAGAUAUUAGUUCUUGCGUGAGUGCCAUAGUGCCUGAAAAGUUCUAUGACCGAGUACAAGAGGGAAGCAUCAUACUGAAGAAAUCGCCCUCUGGCUUUGGCUUCGUCGAAGAAGGCAUUCUGGUCGAGGGCGAUGCAUCUCCUCUCAAGACGGAGUUAGUCAUAUUGGCGACAGGGUUUAGAGGUGACAAGAAGCUCAAAGACAUCUUUGUGUCUCCAACCUUUCAGGACUAUAUAAUGGGACAGCCAGACGCAAUAUUGCCCCUCUACAGGGAAUGCAUACAAGGACGAAUUCCACAACUGGCUGUAAUUGGAUUCUCUGAGAGUAUCUUUAACUUGUACACCUCCGAGAUCAGAUGUAGAUGGCUGUCAGAGCUCCUUGCAGGAACCUUCAAGGUACCUAGCAUAAAAGAGAUGGAGAAAGAUGUGCAGAAAUGGGACAAAUAUGCAAAGCAGUAUGCCGGAGAGUACUACCGGAGAUCUUGCAUCGGAGCCCUUCAUAUAUGGUACAAUGACCAAUUGUGCAAGGACAUGGGAUGGAGCCACAAAAGGAAAAAGGGUAUAUUUGCUGAAUUAUUUGAGCCGUAUGGUCCAAUGGAUUACGUUUCCCCAUAAAAUAGUUAACACUUGCUUAUGUACGUUUCCCCCUAAACUAGUUAAUGUACGCUUGCGAUGUACCAUGCAUAUUGAUGCAUUGGCGAAUUAUGGUUCUACUUACA